AUGCAAAAACCGCGAUAUUUACAACGAGCGAUUGCGUCUUUCCAGCAACGCCGCCGAAAAAGUAGAGAACAAAGAUUGGAUGCUGUUGUGCUGCCCAAAGAAGUAGAGAUUCUACUUUCCGAUGGAGACUUGACCCGAGACUUUCGUGAAUUUCUCCAAAUCAUCGGCCUACCAGACUUGAUUGCCUAUGUGAACUUUGUCCUCAGUGUGCUCUCACUUCAAACUGAACAGAACCAAUCCGAAAAGCAAAGCGAAAUCACCAAGGAGGAAGUCGUCGGGAUUUAUACUCGUUAUCUGAAGCCCUACGCUCACGAACGUCUUGACAUCGACUGGAUAGCGCGAACGAAAGUGGAGAGGAGAAUCAAUUCCGGCCUUCUCAUUCCUGAAAUCUUCAACGAGGCUCUUCAGCUCGCCUCUGCCAGAUUCGUUACCAAACUGAGCAAAUUUUUACAAUCAACAGGCGUUCCUCUCAAUUAG